UUACUGCUUGUUAUGUUGCUCGCCGGGGCAGUCCCCUGGCGCUCCCGGGCCUUCUACCUGCCCGGCUUGGCUCCGGUGAGCUUCUGUGAGGAGGGCAAAGAGAACUCCGGCUGUAAGUCUCUAAUAGAGCUCUUCGUGAACAGACUGGACUCGGUGGAAUCUGUUUUGCCAUAUGAAUAUGAUGCCUUUGACUUUUGUCAAGAUUCAGAAGAAAAAAGACCUUCUGAAAAUCUUGGCCAAGUGCUGUUUGGAGAGAGAAUAGCGUCAUCACCGUACAAGUUUACUUUUAACCAUCAAGAAACGUGUAAGAAAGCAUGUGUCAAAUCUUAUAGCCCCAGCAAUGAGACUGAAGAAAAGAAGCUGAACUUUUUGAAGAAAGGAAUGCAACUGAACUAUCAACACCACUGGAUCAUUGAUAAUAUGCCAGUAACAUGGUGCUAUGAUGUGGAGGAUGGACAAAAGUACUGUAAUCCCGGCUUUCCAAUUGGUUGCUUUGUUACCUCAAGUGGUAGAGUGAAAGAUGCUUGUAACAUUAACUCUGAAUUUAACAAAAAAAAUACUUUUUACCUCUUCAAUCAUGUUGACAUCACGAUUACAUAUCACAGUGGAAAAGAUGAAAAUUGGCCUGGAGCUCGGCUGGUUACUGCUAGACUUGAGCCGAAAAGCUAUAAACACACAGAUGAAGAUCAUCUGACUUGUGAAGGAUCCCCUAUGGAAAUACCUGGGGAAUUUACUAAUAAGUUGAAACUGAUCUAUACUUACUCAGUGAAAUUUGAAGAGAACAAUAACAUUAAAUGGGCAUCUCGAUGGGAUUACAUUUUGGAGUCCAUGCCUCAUACCAACAUCCAGUGGUUUAGUAUAAUGAACUCCCUCAUCAUUGUUCUUUUCUUAUCUGGAAUGGUGGCCAUGAUUAUCCUAAGAACUCUCCAUAAAGAUAUUGCAAGAUACAAUCAGAUUGAUUCAAUUGAAGAUGCCCAAGAAGAGUUUGGCUGGAAGUUGGUUCAUGGAGAUGUCUUCAGGCCUCCAAAGAAGGCAAUGUUGCUGGCUGUGUUCCUGGGUCAAGGAACACAAAUUUUCAUUAUGACCUUUAUUACAUUAUUCUUAGCUUGCCUUGGGUUUCUUUCACCUGCCAAUCGAGGUGCAUUAAUGACCUGUGCAGUCAUACUGUGGGUCCUGCUGGGAACUCCUGCUGGCUAUGUGUCUGCUAAGAUGUAUAAGACAUUUCGAGGUGAAAAGUGGAAGACGAAUGUUUUGCUGACAGCACUGUUAUGCCCUGGCAUUGUCUUUGCCGAUUUCUUCAUUAUGAAUCUUAUUCUUUGGGUGAAAGGAUCAUCUGCUGCGAUUCCCUUUGGUACUCUGGUAGCCAUCCUUGCAUUGUGGUUCGGUGUUUCGGUCCCCUUAACAUUUAUUGGUGCAUAUUUUGGAUUCAAAGAAAAGCCCAUCGAGCAUCCAGUUCGUACAAACCAGAUUCCCAGGCAGAUCCCUAAGCAAUCUUUCUUUACCAAGCCCUUUCCUGGAAUCAUCAUGGGCGGCAUUUUACCCUUUGGCUGUAUUUUUAUUCAACUCUUUUUCAUUCUGAACAGUAUUUGGUCUCAUCAGAUGUACUACAUGUUCGGCUUCCUUUUCCUAGUCUUUAUCAUUCUUCUCAUCACCUGUUCGGAAGCUACAGUCUUGCUCUGCUAUUUCCAUUUAUGUGCAGAGGAUUACCAUUGGUGGUGGAGGGCAUUCCUCACAAGCAGCUUUACAGCCAUUUACCUCCUGAUCUAUGCAGUCCAUUACUUCUUCUCAAAACUCCAAAUCACGGGAACCGCCAGCGUCAUCUUAUACUUUGGCUACACCAUGAUCAUGGUUUUGCUCUUUUUCCUUUUCACAGGGACCAUUGGAUUUUUUGCCUGCUUCUGGUUUGUCAGCAAGAUUUAUAGUGUCGUGAAGGUGGAUUAAGUCUUGGAGAACUCUCUGCCAUGGGUCUUCCUUGCUGUGAAGUUCUCAAGGAAAUGUUAACUGUUUAGGAGGAAGUCUUUUUUUGAGACCUCAAAGUUGAAUAGUUUCAAUGGCAGAAAACACACUCUCAUAGGAAACAAACUUUUAGGGGAUGCAGGUUUACACUGAUUUCCUUGAAACCGUUUUAAUUUAAAUCAGUAGGAGCAGCUGAAAGUCAGUUUCUUUUUCAAACUACCACGAGGCCUCUUGUAUUCUAGUUCCACCUCCCUUUUUGGUUCAGCACAAGUGGUUUUGUCCAUCAGGAUGACUGACUAGUAAGUCUUAUGUCAAAUGUUCAUUUUUCUAACCCAGAAACUGACCGGGUCUUUCUACCUACCAGCCCUUGCUAUGUAGCUUGGUGAGUCCAUUUGUUAGGCAAGAUCUUAGAACUGGUGAAGUAGCAAACACUGCUGUCUUUGUCAUUCAAUAAAACUGCAUACCUCGA